UACCAUUCACCACUAUACAAAUCAUACGAUUGGUGGCUCUAAGCCUGUUGGUUAUCAACAGAUUUAUCUUUAACAGUUUUAAAUUAUUAUAUAAACAUCGAUAAUCAUAGUGCCUUGCCUUUGGAGGAUGUAUAAGUGAAAUUCGACUGGUGUUUUUACCUAAAUCGUACGGACUGAUUGAUUUUACGAGUGUUUUAUUAUCAGCAGUCUGUUAGUCAUCGUAGCUAUUCGGCAAAUAAUGCGGCCGGAAGAUUUCGCUGACCGUGUAGCUGGACUAUGCCUGGAGAAAUUUGACCAGCUGCCAUGCAAAGGCAAACCGAUGUCCGGUAAACAAUGGACGCUGUUGUCUGGCGUUGUACAGGUAACAGAUGACUCGAGUCCGCCGAAAGUCGUCUCAUUGGCCACAGGCACCAAGUGCAUCGGCGCCGGUAAGCUCUGUGGUAAAGGCACCGUGGUCAACGAUAGUCACGCCGAGGUUUUGGCGCGCAGAGCUCUCUUGCGGUAUUUCAUCCAGGAAAUCGAAUCUGCUCGCAAAGGCCGUCCGUCAAUAUUCGUGUGUGCAGCGCUUGCAGACGACGAUUGUGGCCCAGAAAACAAUUUGGUUCGCUCUAGUCUUAUGAAGUUGCGACCAGGUGUGACUUUCCACUUUUUCUCCAGUCACACGCCAUGCGGUGACGCGUCAAUAUUUCCAAAAGACGGAGGAAAACGGUUGGCUGUGGAUGGUGACGGCACAGGACCGGAAGCAAAAAAACGCAAAAUCAACGAUAACGACGAUGAUGAUAAUGAUAUACACAGGACCGGAGCUAAAUGUCUGAGUGUAGAGACAAGGCAGGACCCUCGACUUCCAGGUGCUGCGUAUCACACGGUCGGAGCGGUUCGAACCAAGCCGGGCCGAGGAGACCGAACGCUGUCCGUCUCGUGUAGUGACAAAUUGCUUAGGUGGUAUUCAUCGGGUAUACAGGGAGCUUUGUUGUCACUGUUCGUCGAACCAGUGUAUUUGUCGUCACUUACUAUUGGCGGUGGCUGUCCAUACUCUGAAUCGGCCUUGCGCCGAGCCGUCAUCGAACGGGCCAACUACUCUGAUGACGAAGACGCUCGAUCGCCGUCAAUCUCACCGCUACGACUGGCGCGUUCUGCUUUGGAGUUCGAAUACGCCAAACACCGAAUGCCCAUUGACUGUAAGCCAUGUCCGUCCAGUGUAGUAUGGUGGGAAGACAAUUACGGUGGUGGUGUUGUAGGAGGCAUAAGCGUGUCAAAUGGUCAUCUCGAAGUGUUAGUGAACGGCCGCAAACAGGGCGCGACGAAAAAGGCAGUGGACGGAAAGGCGUCCGGUUCUUCAGCGCUGUGCAAAAAGUCGCUGCUCGACGCGUGCCGACAUUUGUUGGCCGAAGAUGGAGAUAUCACAGGUCAAAACAUUACUUACACACAAGUCAAAUUGCGAGCCACGUUGUAUCGACACCGAUGGGCGGCUGUCAGGCACCGAUUGGGAUUUUGGACGGUGAAACCAGAAGCUUUAUCGGACUUUACGUGACACGUGAUAACUGAUAAUUCUUAAAAAUAAGUACAAGAUAAUGGAUACUUCAUUGUUUACAAUAAAUACCUACAAAUAGAAUACAACUAUACAAUA